AUGGUUUCAUUCUCGUGUGAAGUGUGUAACGACACUAUUAUCAAAAAGAAAUUAGAUCAACAUACUCAAAGAUGUUAUGGUGCUUAUUUUACAUGUAUAGACUGUUCAACAACUUUUGAAGGUACAGAAUAUAGAAAACACACCAGUUGUAUAACUGAAGAUGAGAAAUACCAAAAGAGCUUGUACAAGAAGAAGCCAGCAAAAGGCCAACCAAAGAGGGUAGAACCAAAGAAGGAGGAGCCAAAGAAGGAAGUGAAGAAGGAAGAACCAAAGAAGGAGGUGAAGAAGGAAGAACCAAAGAAGGAAGUGAAAAAGUCCAAACCAGCCAAGGAAUUCCCCCUUGACAGUGUAUCAGGAACUGAAAACUUGUACAAAGUUCUUAAAAAAUCAUCAAAGGGUGAAUCCAAGAAAUUGAAGGAAAUACUAAAAUCAUUGAAAGUCACCAAAGUUGAUGGAAAGUAUAUUAUAGAACAAUAG